AAUGAUGUUAGCAGGAAAACACACCGAGAGCGAUGAUGUGUAUUCCGAGCCCUUCAGUCGACUGGCUCCCGUGCAGACUGCAACACAACCGUUCUCAACAACAAGUGGCUCAGUUGGGCAGCCCAAAAGGAACUCUCAAACUCGCAAAGCUUAUCGUAAGGGAACAAAGGACAGAACCGAGAACGUUAACCGUGAACACUUUCAUUCACAGGCGGGAUGUUUACAUGACACUAUGGGGAACAGUUACAGUGAACCUGUUGAGAUAUAUAACCCUAGUUCUGGAUCAGUGACUGCGGGGGAGUUUACACCUGUCAAUUCGGGGUUACCCGAGCGUGACGUUACUCACGAACGUGAAAUUAUCUCAUAUGAUUUGGCAAAGUCUCCAGAACAGGUGCCACCGAAACAAGAGAUACAGCUAGGAGACUACACAGAACCACCUGAUAGAAAAAAGGACAGUGUUGGAGGCAUCCCUCGUCCCAAACCAGAGGAAUACUCGGACCCCUAUGAUGUGGACAAGCUACUUCACGCUGGAAGAAACCGGAAACAGGAAGUUCAGAAAUUAAGAUAUUCAGCACCUGCCAAGGGAACAGAGGAAAGUGUAUAUGAACUUGCUCAGGCUGCCCCAGAUACGAGUAAACAUAUUUCUUCAUCAAAGGGAAACAACCCUGUGAAUACCAAAAAAGUGCCAUUACACCGAGCACAAUCGGAAGGAUUGACUUAUGAUCAUGUGUUUAACAUAGCUGGAACAAGCUUUGAUUCAGGUGUUGACACUGGUGUGGAGACUACAUGUGAAAUUCCAGAAUCAGAACUGGAUGAUUAUGAUCAUUUAAGUACGUGGAAAGGUAGUAAUCCGUCCAGUCCGCUGAAGUCCCCUAAUCACACACACGGUCAAACUUUUGAAGUAGGUGAAGAAAAAGUAAAAAGUCCCAAAAUGAACACAGUAUCCAGUGCUUUUACUGCAAGAGGUGCAACUAGGUCCUCUCCAAAACAGUCUGCAGGUCGAGUAGAAGAGAUUUAUACCGGUGCAUACGAAGAACCAUGGGAUUCCAAGCAAAGUCAACAACAUUUUUCAAACAUUGUUGGGAAGGCAGAAAGCAAAUACCCAGAGAGUAAUGAUGAUAGAAUCAUUCCAGGAGUAGUUAUACAACCGAAAGUGAAACAGCCGGAGGUAUCUGUAUAUGAGGAUGCGUGGGACACAGAGGAAAAACAAAAACAGUUUGAAAACAGAGUAAAGGAAGCUUCAAGGAAGCAAAGUGAAGGGGUUUUACCGAAAAGUGAUGAAAGUGCUUCAUCAAGUGCAACUUAUGAUGAACCAUGGACAGACAUAAACUCUAUGCGAACAACACAACCACCAAAGUCAAUACCAGGACAACCGAAAAUGAGAGUGUCCUCUUCACCAAGCCCUGCUCAGCGACCUCCGCAAGGCCUGCCACCUUUGAAUAAUCCUGCUCAUCGACCACCUCAAAAUCUACCCGGUGCCUCAGGCUCUUCUGUUCCAGCUGAGUCUAACACAUAUGAGUCCCCAUGGGACACAAAGAAACGAGAACAGGAGCUGGAAGACAAAGUCCACAUGUUAAGACACAGUAGCCCUGUUAACCAAAGAACAGUAGUAGACUCACCUCCUCCACUGUCUCCAGGAUCUCCUCCCAACUUUUACCCUCCCCCACCCCCUGUGUCACAGACCUAUGAAGAAGCGUGGGAUAGGAAACGACCACACCUCCUUGCUAAAGCUCAAUCAGAGGGACACAGUAUCGCUUCUGGCCAGAUCAGAAUGCCAGAAGUUCCAGGGAGGGAACGUGCUGAGCCAAUAGACUCUGGCCUGCCAUUGGAUAUACAGAAAUUCUAUCAUGGCAGCAUUACAAGGAAAGAGGCAGAGGAGCUGAUGCGUAUACAUAAGGAGGGUAGUUACCUGGUGCGGCGCAGUGAAACACAGAAGAAUGUCUUCUCCCUUUCUAUAAAAGGUAUAAGGGGCAUGCCAAUGCAUAUAAGGAUUGGAUUAAGUAACGGAGAGUACAUCCUGGGAGAGAAUAGCCAGCCAUUCCCGACCGUUCCUGAGGUCAUAGACUACUACACCCGACAUGAACUCCCGGUACAGAACGCAGGCCGUCUUCGACUCCUCUAUCCCAUCAUGCGCAACAAACAUACAAACUAACUUUAAUAAGUUUUAAAAAGGAUUGGAUAUUAUACAUGUAAAUGUACGAUAUAUGUAAAAUGUUUCGCAAUUUGUACAUUAAUGACUGUAAAUGAUACUUUUUUUGUUUUUAAUCAGACAUUUGUGUACAUGUUACAUGAAUAGAGUUUGAAAUGGAAUUAUGUCUGUGAUUGGUUUAAGAGAGAGACACAUCCUGAACAGAGUUGUUUCACUGCACAUAGAUUGUCUUUCAUUACAAUACUUAUUGAUGUAUUUAAUACCUUGUAAUCAACAGAUUUUGGAUUAAAUUCCAUUCUCUGUUAAUCUCCUUUUACUUUGAUCAAAAUCUGUAAAAUACAAGUAAAAGCAUUGAGGGACCAUUUUAUAAUAACAGAAAACAGUACUUUUUUCGUGUCUUAAAAUCCUGUGUGCUGAGUUGAAAGAUUUAUGGUCCGAAGUACAUAACAGUUUUCAUAUUAUAGGCGGACAUUAUCUCCUCGUACUCUAUAAGUGAUGAUUAAGAUUCAACAUUUGUAAACCGGACUCAGAUGAUCCGAAAUAUAUGUACAGUGCUGGAAUAUUGAUAAUCUUGUUUAAAAAUCUACACAAUUUCAAUGUAGCUGUUGAUAUUAUAGAUACUUGUAGUUGUAUCGUUUUAAUUCUGUGUUCAGAUGCUGAGUCUGCUGUAUAGUGAGGUUAGUUUGAUAUGAACUAACAUUUUGAUGAUGUUACUAUCCAUGGAUAUGUAGAUGACAAUCAUUGUGUUGAUAGUGUAACCAAGGACAACCUGAACACUUAUCUCCCUUUUUACCCACCUGUUUGUGACAGUGUUUUCAUCACUGUAAAAAGUCUUUUUUUCGUGAUUUUACCAAAAGCAUGAAAGACAUGGUUUUCUCAAUUGAAUUAGAUUUCUCAGAAUUUUGAUUUUUAACAAUUUCAUGCAAUCUUUAAUAUGAAUGAAAAACAGAAGCCGUAAAAAAACCAACCACUUUUAUUAUAAUUUUCUCUCUCAAUCUUAUGUAUUAACAAUCACUAAGUUGUAAACAUUUGGAUUAAUACAAACAUAUUGGUUGAUAUUGUUCAUUUUUCUUAAAGUCCUUUUCUGAAAUACCACGAUGAUGUAAUUAAUUGAUGUUGAAGUUGAUGCAAAAUACAUUGUUAUCUAUGGAUAUUGAAACAUACAUGUACAUAAUCAUUAUAUGUAAUAUAUAUCAGAGGCAACCCAUAUUAAACAGAUAUGACUGUACAUACUAUUUAUCAAACUGUAUAUUGACUCCUAGUUUGUCACAUAUGUUGAAGACAAAUGAUGUUUUGAAUUUGAGGCUCUUAAGCCUGAUCAUGAGUAAGUUCUGUGAUAAUUUGCACUUGUUUCAAAUUUUCACAAGUGUGGGAGAGGCAACAAGAGUUAUUCCCCUUCGCCCUUAUCAUUGGGAAUGUUUUGUAUGUGUACAUCAAUCACUUGCUUUAAGUUCUAAUUAAAAAGCUUAGUUUGAGCUACAAUUAACAAUUUCAUCAAACACAUCCUAACUGUACCAUUAACAAAAUGGCUUUACUUCUUCAUGAAGAAAAAAAUCUAAAUGUUGGAAGCUUCAUUUUGAAAUCAAAGAUAAUUUACCAAAGAAAAAUACAACUUGUAAGAUUAUGUGAUUAGUAUGUACUUGUCCAUUUACUCAAACAAAAUAAGUAUAGAUGUUUUAGUUCUGUGUGUGAUUCUCCUUACAACAUAGAUGAAGUAGAGCCCAGUGAUAAUAUUACUUCUCCAGGUGUGGCUGAUUUCUUAUACAAGUUUAUAUUUACAUUAAAUCUGCUUGAAAGCAUUGAUUACUUUUUCAUUCAUACAAACAUAACAAAACUGGCAUAAUCAUAGUAUUUAGUGAUACACAACCACAUCACCUAGCUGUACCUGUCCUCUUAAACUGAUGUUACAAAGGACAUGACUGUAAGAAGUAAAAAGAAUUUUUUUUAAUAUCUUGUCCUGAAACUAUACUUCGGUAACAAUGUUUGAUAUUUUAGAAGAGAACAAGUGUAAACAUGCAUGUCUAUAGAUAUUACUAAAUACAUUAUUAUAUAUGGUAUGUUACACAAUGUAACAUUACUAUUACAAAGAUAUUUAUGCAAUCACUCUUAACUGGACUUGUUAUAUACACUUAAGUAUUUGAUAUUAUUUAAAUCUUUGCAAUAUUUCAGAUUCAUGUGUUCCUGUAUGAAAUAACAACACCUAAUAUGGUAUGCUGUACUGUAUACAUUUGUAAUUUGAUACUCUUUCAGUUAUUGAACAAAAGAAUGCAUUUUAUACAGUAUCUAUAUAAAACAUUAUUUAGUUACCUGAAUAUAGCAUAACUAUUAACAUUUGUGACACAACACUUUAAGAUACAGCUGUAUAGAUAUUAUGAUAUAUAAAACACACUUUUUUAAAAAGCUGUUUACAAUCUUAAAUGAACUUUUCUCUGUUUCUUGAUUCAUUCAACUGUUUCAAUUUGCUCAAAUCUGUCUAUACAAACUCUUUACAGCAGUGUCUUUUUUUCUUUGGUGUAUUUGUGUGUGGGUCCUGAGCAGAAUGUAUGUGCUCUUGAAGUGUCCUACAUCUAGGUAGAUAUAACAUAUGUAAGUUUUGUUGAAUAUCUGUAUAUGCUGGUGCUAAGCCUGUUAUUUUUCAGAAGGUGCUGUCUGUAUUUAUGCUUGUAUGAUUUCUGUGAUAAUGGAUAUAAGUUUUUGCAAAGUUAGAAUAUCUAAACUUUAUCAUUUAAACUGAUGGAUAUUGGGACAGACACAUCUCUUGUAGUGGGACAGGGAGAUUAGUGAUGGAUAGUGGGACUGACUGAUUUUGUGGUUGGACACCAAGAGUAGUGAUGCUGGAUAAUGGGACAGACUGAUUUUGUGGUUGGACACCAACAGUAGUGAUGCUGGAUAAUGGGACAGACUGAUUUUGUGGUUGGACACCAAGAGUAGUGAUGCUGGAUAAUGAGACAGACUGAUUUUGUGGUUGGACACCAAGAGUAGUGAUGCUUGAUAAUGAGACAGACUGAUUUUGUGGUUGGACACCAAGAGUAGUAUGCUGGAUAAUGAGACAGACACAUCUCUUGUAGUGGGACAGGGAGAUUAGUGAUGGCUGGAUAAUGGGACAGACUGAUUUUGUGGUUGGACACCAACAGUAGUGAUGCUGGAUAAU